AUGACUCUCAUCAAUAACUUACAAUAUGGGCUGUUCGGAAUCUCUACACUUGCUUCUAUUCUACGUGUAUCGCGUAUUAUUUAUCAUUAUAAUAUGACUAACGAACCAGGAUUUCAUCAAUUGUUACGUGUGAAAUUCUCUCGUAUAUUCGGGGCACUGUUUGUAAUCGAGAUGAUCGCUUCAACAAGUAUCAAUAUCGCGUUCUGCCUGCUCAUACAGAGGUCGGGCUUAUGGGCGAUCCACCUCUCGAUCUCAAUCACCAUUUGGAGUAUGACAGCACAAUGUUUAUGGGCGUUGAGUAGUUGGUAUACUGAUCUGCCUGCCUUCUACCCUCUCAGGCUGGUCGUGGGUCUAUUUGCCAGUGCUGGCGUGCUUGUUCUAGGCGCAAUUUUGAAGAUCCAGUGUCUUGGUAAUCUCUUCAUUAUCAUCUCUGCCACUUCUUACCGAGCAUGGAUCGUUUGCGAAUGCAUAACGUUCUAUAAUUAUGUGUGCGGUCAUAACAGAACAACAAAUGAUCGCAUGACGGCUCGAUUGCGACUUCAAGUCUGGCUACAACUGAUGGUCUAUUUCCUCAUCAACACCACUUUGUUUUGCACAAUCUUCUUGACAAGCUAUGGAAAUCCAAGUCUUGAUUCGAUAACAAGACCUAUAAUUUUGCUGAUCAUUUCAGCUAUCUAUACCACUCAAGAUCUCGCAAUAGGAAUCUUAGAGGUGAAGAGGCGGGUGCAGAAUAUUGGGCUAAAUGCUGUUAUCGCCGCUGGAUUCCCGGUCAGAACGAUUAGCCCUGAUAAAGUCAAAAGAAUGGUGUGCCUCUAA